UGAGAUCAGAGCUCACAGUAGUUUCACUUCUCAGAAAAAGAAACUCACAGAGUCACUGACACUGAGAGCAGAGAUGGCGCAGAAAGGAGUUGAACUGGAUCAAGAAACCUUUUCUUGUUCCAUCUGUCUGGAUCUACUGAAGGAUCCGGUGACUAUUCCCUGUGGACACAGCUACUGCAUGAACUGUAUUAAACAACACUUUGAUGAAGAGGACAAGAAGAAAAUCUACAGCUGUCCUGAGUGCAGACAACUCUUCCCAUCGAGGCCUGUCCUGGUGAAAAACACCAUGUUAGCAGCUUUAGUGGAGCAGCUGAAGAAGACUGGACUCCAAGCUGCUCCUGAUGAUCACUGCUAUGCUGGACCUGAAGAUGUGGCCUGUGAUGUCUGCACUGGAAGAAAACUGAAAGCCUUCAAGUCCUGUUUAUUCUGUCUGGCAUCUUACUGUGAGAAACAUCUUGAACCUCACUAUAAGUCACCUACAUUUAAACAACACAAGCUGGUGGAUCCCUCCAAGAAGCUCCAGGAGAACAUCUGCUCUAGUCAUGAUGAGGUGAUGAAGAUGUUUUGUCGUACUGAUCAGCAGAGUAUCUGUUAUCUCUGCUCUGUGGAUGAACAUAAAGGCCACGACACAGUCUCAGCUGCAGCAGAAAGGAGUGAGAGGCAGAGAGAGGUGGAGGGGAGACGACAAAACAUCCAGCAGAUGAUCCAGGACAAAGAGAAAGAUGUCAAGCUGCUUCAACAGGAGCUGAAGGCCAUCGCUCACUCUGCUGAUAAAACAGUGAAGGACAGUCAGGAGAUCUUCACUGAGAUGAUCCAUCUCCUCCAGGAAAGAAGCUCUGAUGUGGAGCAGCAGGUCAGAUCCCAGCAGGAAAUUGAAGAGAGUCGAGUCAAAGAGGUUCAUGAGAAACUGGUGCAGGAGAUCACUGAGCUGAAGAGGGAAGAUGCUGAGCUGAAGCAACUCUCAGACACACAGGAUCACAACCAGUUUCUACACAACUACCCCUCACCGUCAAAACUGAGUCAAUCUACACACUCAUCCAGCAUCAGUAUCUGUCCUCUGAGGAACUUUGAUGACGUGAAAGCAGCUGUGACAGAGCUCAGAAAGAAACUAGAGGACAUUCUGAGAGAGACAAGGACAAACAUCUCACUGACAGUGACUGAAGUGGAUGUUUUACUGCCACAACCAGAGCCAAAGACCAGAGAUGAAUUCUUAAAGUAUUCAUUUGAAAUCACACUGGAUCCAAACACAGCACACAGAGAUCUGGUACUGACUGAGAAGAACAGGAAAGUAACAUUCAUGUUGCAACAGUAUUAUUCUGAUCAUCCAGACAGAUUCACUGAUUGUCGUCAAGUCUUGAGUAGAGAGAGUCUGACUAGACGUUAUUACUGGGAGGUGGAGAGGACAGGAAGAGUUGGCAUAGGAGUCACAUACAAGAAUAUCAGCAGAGCAGGGAAUGAAAGUGGAUUUGGAUAUAAUGACAAAUCUUGGGUAUUAUAUUGGUCCACAGACAGUUCUACAUUUUGGCACAACAAAAUCCAGACUCCCGUCUCAGCUCCUCCUUCCUCCAGAGUCGGAGUGUACCUGGAUCACAGAGCAGGUAUUCUGUCCUUCUACAGCGUCUCUGAAACCAUGACUCUCCUCCACAGAGUCCAGACCACAUUCACUCAGCCGCUCUAUGCUGGAAUCUAUGUUUGCUUAUCAAGUGCUGAGUUAAUUAACCCUUUGAAACCGAUCUGUAUCAGAGCUCAGCAUAGUUUCACUUCUAAGGAAAAGAAACUCAAAGAGUCACUGACACUGAGAGCAGAGAUGGCGCACAAAGGAGUUGAACUGGAUCGAGAAACCUUUUCUUGUUCCAUCUGUCUGGAUUUACUGAAGGAUCCAGUGGCUAUUCCCUGUGGACACAGCUACUGCAUGAACUGUAUUGAAAGACACUUUGAUGAAGAGGACAAGAAGAUAAUUCACAGCUGUCCUGAGUGCAGACAACUCUUCCCAUCGAGGCCUGUCCUGGUGAAAAACAACAUGUUAGCAGUUCUAGUGGAGCAGCUGAAGAAGACUGGACUCCAAGCUGCUCCUGAUGAUCACUGCUAUGCUGGACCUGAAGAUGUGACCUGUGAUGUCUGUACUGGAAGAAAACUGAAAGCCUUCAAGUCCUGUUUAGUCUGUUUGGCAUCUUACUGUGAGAAACACCUUGAACCUCACUAUCAGUCACUUACAUUUAAAAAACACAAGCUGGUGGAUCCCUCCAAGAAGCUCCAGGAGAACAUCUGCUCUCGUCAUGAUGAGGUGAUGAAAAUGUUCUGUCGUACUGAUCAGCAGAGUAUCUGUUAUCUCUGCUCUGUGGAUGAACAUAAAGGCCACGACACAGUCUCAGCUGCAGCAGAAAGGACUGAGAGGCAGAGAGAGGUGGAGGUGAGACGACAAAACAUCCAGCAGAUGAUCCAGGACAAAGAGAAAGAUGUCAAGCUGCUUCAACAGGAGCUGAAGGCCAUCGCUCAUUCUGCUGAUAAAACAGUGAAGGACAGUCGGGAGAUGCUCACUGAGAUGAUCCGUCUCCUCCAGGAAAGAAGCCCUGAUGUGGAGCAGCAGGUCAGAUCCCAGCAGGAAACUGAAGAGAGUCGAGUCAAAGAGGUUCAGGAGAAGCUGGAGCAGGAGAUUACUGAGCUGAAGAGGGAAGACGCUGAGCUGAAGCAACUCUCAGACACACAGGAUCACAACCAGUUUCUUCACAACUACCCCUCACUGUCAACACUCAGUCAAUCUACACACUCAUCCAACAUCAAUAUCCGUCCUCUGAGGUACUUUGAUGACGUGAAAACAGCUGUGACAGAGUUCAGAAAGAAACUAGAGGACAUUCUGAGAGAGACAAGGACAAACAUCUCACUGACAGUGACUGAAGUGGAUGUUUUACUGUCACAACCAGAGCCAAAGACCAGAGAAGAAUUCUUAAAGUAUUCAUUUGAAAUCACACUGGAUCCAAAUACAGCAAACAGACAACUGGUACUGUCUGAGUGGAACAGAAAAGCAACAUUCAUGUUUCAACAGUCUUAUCCUGAUCAUCCAGACAGAUUCACUGAUUGGUCUCAGGUCCUGAGUAGAGAGAGUCUGACUGGACGUUGUUACUGGGAGGUGGAGUGGGGAGGAAGAGUUGGUGUAGCAGUAACAUACAAGAAUAUCAGCAGAGCAGAGAAUGAGCAUGGAUUUGGAUACAAUGACAAAUCUUGGACAUUAGAGUAUUUCCUUGGAAUUUCUACAUUUGUGUACAACAACAUCCAAACUCCUGUCUCAGGGUCUUGUUCCUCCAGAGUAGGAGUGUACCUGGAUCACAGAGCAGGUAUUCUGUCCUUCUACAGCAUCUGUGAAACCAUGACUCUCCUCCACAGAGUCAAGACCACAUUCACUCAGCCGCUCUAUGCUGGACUCAGGAUUUAUUGGGGAUCCAGUGCUGAGUUGAUUAAAAUGAAGUAGACAGAGGUAACUUCAGGACCAGAGAGUUAAACCCUGUGUUUCUCUUCAUCAACUUGUUUUCUCUCCAUGUUUGUUGCUGAGAGUUCAUUGUUGUGGUGUUUCUGCUCAGAGAUCAGCUGUCAGUCAAACAUUAUGGCUGCUACCUUGACAUGUUUAAUAGUUGUUCUCUGGAUGUUUCAUCACUUUCUUUAGGUGGAGCUCUUUCCUGUGUCUGUUUAGCCAUGGAGGAUAUCACUGCUCAUGAUGACUUUUAUUUCUAUGACAAUCUAAACUUGUCUGAGCUCUAAAUGUCUGAUGAAUAUUUGUAUUGAUGUAUUUGUGUUGAUGUUGUUUCUCUUCCACUUCAUAUCAGAGGAAUCAGCAGACCUUCCUCUAUCACUGAUAUGUUGUUGAUCACUUUGUACAGAAAGAAAUCUAAGAUUACAUUUACAUUAAUGUUUUUGGUUGUUGUUGGUAUAAAUAAAAUACUGACUUCUG